CUUCAUGUGUCAGAGUGGGGAGGAGGCGGGUUCUGCUGAGCUGUUAAAUCCUGAGUGAAGUUUCCCCCAUUUCCAGUGGCCACCGUUGUUAGAGGCUGGUUCGGAGCACGGCUGGGGUUACCCUGACGUUUCUGGGAUCGCAGCCAGACAAGAAGGGAAGGAGAAGAAAAGCCGAGAUUUUUACAAUUUGCUUUUGUCUAAGAGAGCAGAAGGGAGCAAGGGAAGCGUCCUUUUUUUUCAACAUCACAUUCCUGUGUUUUUCUUCAGCCUGGAAAAUAUAUUAAUGCUAGUGCUUUCCUCUCUGGAAACAAAGGAGCUAAACUUGACUGCGGAAGCAAGGAAUGAGAAAGCAGCUUGGGGAAGUUUAAAAGAGAGAGAUUCAGGGCAGCUGGGAGUUCCCUUUUCUUAAAUGAAAUCCCUGCCUGUGUGGGUGACUGGUAGAGAAAAACGCCAGACCUGCAGGUAAAUGGAGAAGCAGAGAUACCAAAGGAGAUUUCCGUUCAUCUCAUCGUGCUUGUCAAGAAGGUGAAGAAGAGAGAAAGUUAAACGGGACAGGGAAACGGACAGACUCUGGAACCUGUUGGAUUGCAUAAAGAUAACUCCCUGAGCAGCAGCAAAGCUGUAUGGCAUUGCUCUCCUUCUAAAAGAAAAAGACUGGAACCACACCUCUGGAAAGGGAACUUCCCUGGGAGUCAGAUUGCACAAUGAACUGGAGAGCAGUUCUCAGCUUCGCCCUGCUAUGGGCAGCAUGGCUAGUGUGCAGCUCUGAGAAGACAGCAAGGCUAGCAGAGAGAGGGAGCCAUGGAGUCAGGAAAGUGCCUCUCACUUACAGGGCUCCAAGCAGCCCCCUGAGAAGGUCUGGAGCAUCCCUGAGGAAUCUGAGCCCGAAUCCCCAACAUCCUGUCACUGGGAGGGAUUCUUCAGCAUCUCCAAAGGCCCCUGCCAAUCUCAUGCAUGAGGAAGUACGUCCGCAGGCCAGGAGCAUGGGGACCAGAACUAGACGGGUACAGAGACUCACGGCUGCAGCCAAGUACUCCAAGUCCGCGAUGAUUAAAGACGAAGGGAUAUCCACUGCGUCCCAGUCACGAGCCGCACGUUUCCCUUCAGGGUCAAGCUCCCCAAAUGUCCUGGCCAGCUUUGCUGGGAAGAACCGAGUCUGGGUCAUUUCUGCUCCUCAUGCCUCUGAGGGCUACUAUCGGCUCAUGAUGAGUCUGCUGAAAAACGAUGUCUACUGCGAACUAGCUGAGAGGCACAUCCAGCAGAUUGUGUUGUUCCAUGAAGACGGAGAAGAAGGGGGGAAAGUCAGAAGGAUAACUAAUGAAGGUAAAAUCCUGGAGCAGCCACUAGAUCCUGCCCUCAUCCCUAAGCUCAUGAGCUUUCUGAAGCUGGAGAAGGGGAAAUUUGGCAUGGUGCUGCUGAAGAAAACUCUACAGGUGGAGGAAAGGUACCCUUAUCCAGUCAGGCUAGAAGCCAUGUAUGAAGUCAUUGAUCAAAGCCCCAUCAGAAAAAUUGAGAAGAUGAGGCAGAAAGGCUUCAUCCAGACUUGCAAAGCAGCUGGGGUGGAGGGGCAAGUGGUUGAGGAAGGCAAUAAUGGGGGCAGCACCCGGCCUACGCCUGGCGGUGGACAAGUCCAGGUGCCAGCAAGGAAGGAGGAGCCAAGGAGGAGCAGUAAUCAGCCAACAAGGACCAAAACAGUGAGGAAACUGAUGACGACCACUGUGGCUCCUCCUCCGCCUACAGUAAGGACCACUACUCUCCCUUCCACUACCACAACUACCCGGGCCACCACACGUGCAGUGGUAACAGCAAGCCAGCCUACAACAACAACCACACCCCUCCCGACCACACAGAGGACCUGGACCACAAAGUCACAUACCACCACAGAGUACCACAGAUUGCCUGUAGCCCCUGAGGCCACCAUACCACGACUAACGGUCUCUGAAGAUUUCUACCCUCCUACAUGGAACGCAAACCGAAAGGACCGGCAGCGCGGCCACCCAGAGAAAAAACAGACAGCCACACGGAGACCAAGCAAAGCUUCCCGCUAUGAGAAUUUCACAGAAGUCCCAACAGCCCCCUCACUGCACCACACAAAGGCAAGCAUGGGUAGAUUUAAAGAUAACCGAACAGACAGGAAGGACUAUAACCACAGGGAUCCAAAUAUCACACCAGGGCAACACAAACCAACUAAGACCAAACCACCAAAAAAGAAGGCCCAAGAAAAGAUACUGAGCAAUGAAUAUGAAGAAAAAUAUGACCCAAGCAAGCCUACUAGUCUCCACUUAGAGGAAGAGAUUGCAGUGGGAAAUAUUCCCCCAAAGAAAGGAAAAGAGUCAAAGAAGCAUGAUCGAAUGGAUAAAUCUGAGAAGAAGAAGGAGAGACCUGACAAACUGCAGAAGAGUGAGAAGCAGUCUAAGAAGGACAAAGCUGAAAAAAAGAGCAAGCAAGACAAAGACCGUAAUAAGAAGAGCAAGAAGGGAAGCAGGACUGAGAAUGAGGAUUUCCCCAAGCCCAACAAGAAACCUUUCUUGCACCCUCCCAGGAAAUCGGUGACAGAUCUGCUGGAGUAUUUUGAAGGCAAAAGGCGUCUCAUUCUGAUCACGACCCCCAAGGCGGACAACACCAUGUAUGUACAGCAGCGAGACGAAUAUCUGGAGAGCUUCUGCAAGAUGGCCACGAGGAAAAUCUCAGUCAUUACAAUUUUCGGCACCAUGAACAACUGCAGCAUGAAAAUUGACCACUUCCAGCUAGAUAACGAGAAGCCCAUGAAAGUGAUAGAGGAUGAAGAUCUUGUGGACCAGCAGCUCAUCAGUGAGUUGAGGAAAGAGUAUGGGAUGACCUACAAUGACUUCUUUAUGGUGUUGACGGAUACCGACAUGAAGGUCAAGCAAUACUAUGAAGUACCCAUAGCAAUGAAGUCCGUGUUUGAUUUGAUCGACACCUUCCAGUCACGAAUUAAAGAUAUGGAAAGACAAAAAAAAGAGGGCAUUGUCUGCAAAGAAGAUAAGAAGCAAUCCCUUGAGAGCUUCUUAUCCAGGUUCCGAUGGAGAAGGCGGCUGGUGGUGAUCUCUGCUCCCAGUGAUGAGGACUGGGCUUAUUCCCAGCAGCUUGCUGCCCUCAGUGGACAAGCCUGUAAUUUUGGUUUGCGCCACAUAACUAUCCUCAAGUUGCUAGGACUCGGAGAAGAUAUUGGUGGUGUCUUAGAGCUGUACCCAAUUAACGGAAGCUCUACAGUAGACCGAGAAGAUAUCCCAGCCAAUUUGGUGAAAGACAUCCGAAAUUAUUUCCAAAUCAGCCCAGAAUAUUUCUCCAUGUUGCUGGUUGGGAAAGAUGGAAAUGUCAAAUCCUGGUAUCCUUCUCCAAUGUGGUCUAUGGCAAUUGUAUAUGAUCUGAUUGAUUCUAUGCAGCUUCGACGUCAGGAAAUGACAAUUCAGCAAUCGCUCGGCAUGCAGUGCCCAGAUGAUGAGUAUGGUGGGUAUGGUUACCAUAACUAUCACCAGGGAUACCAGGAAGGUUACCAAGAUGACUACCGUCACCAUGGAAGUUACCACCAUGGAUACCCAUACUGAAAAGAACAACUUAGCCUCUGACUGCCCUGUGCCUGUUUUCUAAUAGCUAUCCAAGCAAUAGGUGGGCCGGAUGCAGAAAGUCUUCCCAUGCCACCUAAAUAUCCAUGCCUCCUUCUUCCACUGUUCAGUCAAGGGACAUUGGUCAUUUGCCUUCUCAAAAAAGCACAAGCCUUUACAGUGAAGCAAUUCAAACCAGUAGUAUUGAUGCUUUAAACAAUAAAGACUCCUUUAUAUUUUUAAUCCUUUAUAAACAAAGCGCAUCAGCAGUUGCUGUUUGUUUGUAUUAAAACCAAACAAAAAAUCCCCACGGCCCCAGUCCAUGGACAUAACUGUAGGGCAGGACAUGAACUGUACAACAGACAUUGCAAUGCUUUUUAAUUUUUUUUUCUAAGUAGAAAAAAGUAUAUUUAUUGGAAAGUGAGAAUUUUGCAUUAUGCUGAUGAGGACAAGCAAAGGACACUUCAGGACUCUCCCAAACAAAGGAAAUUUUAAGAAGCAUGGGGCAGGUAUUUUUAGUAACAAUUUAAAAAAUCCUUUUAAAGUGCCUUGUCUAAAAAGACAGCAUCCUUUUUAUAGUGCAUCAGCAUUGUAAUUAGCUGACUUUACCAAUGAAAAUAAAUUUUUAUGGCUGCGGCAGAUUUUGUUCCAAUGCAAUACAAUGGAAAGUUCUCCUAAACACAGAGCUUGCUGCGUGGCCAUUUAGUCUUUUAAUUGGGGCCCCUGCUCUCUUAGGUCCUGCCCACUUCAGAGUUAAAUCCAAGCUAAUGAGUGCUAAGUUGAAACACCAGCCAUAGCUAGUAUUGUCUGAAUUACAGAAAAAUGAAAAGCAUUAUUUUCACCAGGAUACAAAGAAAAAUCUCUCAUUCACAUAUUUUUUUAAAUGAGUUGUAACCAGCUCUCUAUAGUAAUGUUUUAAUUAAACUACUCCUCUAAGUUUCAAAUUUCCUUCUACCUCUUCUUCCCAUACCCUCCCCUAAGCAAAAAAGCACUAAAUUAUUUUAAAGGUGCUUGGGAAUAAUUUGAUCUGCUACUCAAGCAGCUCUAUUUCUGCCACACUAUCUGGAACAGUUUCUUUCUCCUUCCUCAUUGCUGUCUUUUGGACAUUGGAUCUGUUGCACCAUCAUACUCUUGUUGAAGUCAGUAGCAGAAACUGCAUGCACAGCCAUGAUUCAAUACAGUUUGGGUUAGAUUUCUAAACAUUAAAGACUGAAGGAAUAUUCUGAAGUGAAGGCUUCAUAAAAACUUUUGUAAUGGCACAAUGGUCACUUCCAAUGCAGAAGGCACACCUGCCCAGUCACAUUUCUUUUUAUAGUCUGUGACAUGGAUGCCUCAUCCCUCAUGGAUACAUGCAACAGGGUUUUUUUUUUUAGGUUCUUCUAUCACAGCAGUAGCAUAGGAAUAAGAAGCUACAGCUCAAAACAGCAUGCUCCACAGCGCGAUAUCUAGCAUUUUCUUGGUCCUUUUUUUCCUGACACAGACAAAAAACAAACCUGGGUAAAGCAACAGUUUCACUCAAAACCCGAUGCUUUACUUAAAAUUAGUCAGGCCCUGCUUCCCUUCUGAAUGCCUAGAGAGCAGACAUGGAUGUGAAGAGGUCACAAGGCCUGGCUAGUUCUUUCCUAGCACUACAAUCCUAGUCACCCUCUGGGACAGGCUGCCCUCAGUGCUAUGAAGUCCAGUCAGCACAGAACACAGCUUCAGACUUACCUCCCUCUGCUUUAUAACUGAAGCUGAGCAGGGAACAUGGGCAUUUGAAGAAACCAUUUUGAAAGGACUGCUGCCUGCAGAAUGCUUCCAAGCUCUCUCUUAUCUACAGUAUUUUAGCAGUAGCAGGGACAGGGAAAUUCAAAAAACAAAAGAGGAAUGACAAAAAAAAAAAAAAAAAAAAAAGAAUCACAGUACUGAAGUGUUUCUAGAAGAAAUAUGGAAGGUCCCAUAGCACAGUUUCAGAAAAGAAGUGCUUAUUGCAUCAGUGUAUUGGGGUUAGCUGCCCAAUUGUCUUGGCCUAAAGCAAACAGAGGAAAGUGUGCCAGAAGUCUAACAGCCACCUCCUAUAGACAAAAGAAACAGCUUUUGAGUGUUUUCUUUCAGGUGUUCAUUUCAACUUUUUCUGCAUUCUUGUUUUUCAUGUAAAGUCUUUAAAUGAAAGCCCUUCUAACUCACAUUACCAAUCAUGAGUUGGUGAAAUCCAAUGUCCUGUGCUGAGCAGGAAGAGGAGAAAAUUAACUUACCAAAAGAGAGGGCAAUACCUGAUCCAAAUUGUAUGUUUUUGCAGAAUUCAAAGUUAAGUUAUGCAUGUACCAAACCCAGUCCAGGCACUCUGUGCGAGUUGCAUUGAAGGAGAUAACUCCAAACAAGUUGUUCACUUAAAACAGAUGACACUGGGGGUUGGGAUGGGCUUUUAAUCAAAACUGUAUAUUUGAAUACUCAUUGAAUUUGAGGAAGUCUCAGUAUGAUUUUUA